UUUUGUAAAAACUUUAUUGACAGCCAGCUAUGGGCGUUCAUUGAUUUGUCCUUGUGGAUUAUUCCUGCUGGCCAGCUAGAAACUUUCCCAAAUUCAGUCUUUGUCACGUUUUCUAAAAUAUUAGGAUAAUACUUAUUAUAUUGCCGUAAGUGUCUCCUUUGGGGAAAUUAUGGCUAGUAAACUAUUCCCUUUCAUAAAGUUGGUGACAAAGGUGACCGUGGCUGGGGGUGCCUGCUAUGUCGCCUAUGACUCCGGCUUACUGGGAGAAAGUGAGAAAGGUUCUGAAAUCCUCAGCAAAGCUAAAGCCGCCAUUCCCCCGGCUAUGGAGGAGUGGAUGAAAUACUUCGGUUUUCAGCUUCCCGCUCCUCCUAAAAUAGACUUCUCCCCUACGGAAACGUGGAACUUCGGAGUGCAGAAGUCCAUAAGCACACUUUCGAUCGCCCCCACCAAAGCGUGUGAAUAUACCAACAAAGGCAUCCAGUACCUAAAGGAUUUAAGCAAGUGAGCUUAAACAGCAGAAGGUCACGGACUUCUUGGUGCCACUUUUAUGGGUGAAGAUGUCACACACAGUCAGGUUCAUUCACCAUUGUUUUCUAAUAAAAUUGGGGUGCAUUUCGAAGUCUACAAUUCUUGCAAAAGUUCAAAAUUAAAUAACAGUAAACAGCGAAAGCAUUCAGGACACCAACAAGAUUGAUGAUGUGUUUGUUUAUUUUAUCAAAAUAUUUUGCUCUGUCUGGUCCGUAUUAUUACCUUCCUCCAUACGUGAAAUCCAUCCUUUUGUAUUUAUCCUAAUUCACUCUUUUGUGAUACUUCAGAUGUGAUCCCCAGGUAUUAUAAUUGCAUGGUGCACCGAAUAAGACGACAAUGAUGUAAAUUAUGACAAAUUAAGGAAAAUUUCUUGUUUUUUUUUUCCUGAAAUAAAAUUGCAGACCAAAAUGCUUGGGUAAUAUUUAUAAUUUAUGAUUUCGACAAUUAAACAAGUAAAUUGUCAUGAACAACAAUGACAUUUUUUCAGUAUAUCUUUGUAUUGAAGAUUGUUGUUUCUCCUAAAAAUAAUAAUAAUAAUAAAUAACAGUUGGUCUUCAUACUGUUGUAAAUUAGUCAUGGUGCCAGUUCCUGGGAGCGUAUGUACUGGUAUAAAUAUACCAUUGCCUCAUCCAUACCUUUGUGCAUUUUAGUAUGACAUGCCUUGUUUCCAUCAGAUUUUUAAAGCAUUAAGUCACUGUGGGCCAGGACAGUGUCACUUUUUCUAUAUAGUGGGGUACCUGACGUGUACUGAGAAGUUCACAUUUGCCUGAUUGGACAUAUUUCCGGGCCUGAUUGGGAGUGGAAAAACGCUCGCGUUUGUCUCAAUUUCUGAUAAAAUACACACGUAUUGUUACUAAAACCCAUAUACGUACUUUUCUCAAAGUGCUAACAAGUCAGUAGAAUCGUGUUCAGUUAAAACGAAUCGAAAGCCAAAUGAAGUUCUGAAGAUAAGCACCGCUAAAUGAGCCCCACCCCCAUUUGGUUAAUUUCCUUUUGCAAACAUAAAACUAAUACAAACCCAUAUCUAGUUGAUCCUAUCCACUAAAGCUUUAUCUUUUUAGAUUUUUUUACAUGCCUGUCAUUUUACACUGUCUCAGAAAUAUGAGUAAAAAUAUCAUUUAGGAAAAUAAUUGAGUAAUAUAUUGACAAUAUUUCUUAUUUAGAACCUGCAUUUACUGUUCCAGUGUGCUGUUCUCGGAAGCCUUUCCACAGAACGCAUCAUCGAUAUGGGGGUCUUACCGGUGAAGCUGCCAUUGUGGUAACUUUCAUUAUUAAUACACUUAAAUAAUCAUGCUGCAAUCACAUUCGCAAAUGCCUCUUACAGAGCAUUACCAAUUUCUUCUCACAUUUAUUUUGUCCGUAUGGUGCAUAAUCUGGGGUUUUUUGGGAUUACUUCACAUUGUAUUGAUAUUUAACGAUAUUCAAAGUAUAGUUGUUUGCUGGUGGCUAUGUUGUGAUACUUUGUUUAGGUACUUACGGGCUGGUCUAAAUCGAUUUUUCUAUCUAAGCAGCUACACUGUCUACUCAGAAUGUGUGGGAAAGUAUUUUUACAUGUGGCUUGUACUUGUCUUGAGUUUACUGAUGAUGCUGAGAUAUGAUGUGGUUUAGGUUUCAGUAUUAAUAAUGAGCAGAGGGGGGGCGGUAUGGUGGGCCAGUCAUUAGCUCUGGCAUCUGACACCUCUGGGACCAGGGUUUGAGUCUCCACCAGGGUUCCAUGUGUGUGGAGUUUGCAUGUUCUCCCCAUGUCAUCGUGGAGUUUCCUCCGGCUACUCCGGUCUCCCCCUACAGUCCAAAAGCAUGCUGAGGUUAAUUGGAGUUCCCAGACUGCCCAUAGGUUUGCCUGUGUGAGUGACUGGUGUGUGAGUGUGCUCUGCGAUGGGUUGGCGGCCCAUCCUGGGUUGUUACCUGCCUUGGGCCCAUAUCUUUUUGGACAGGCUCUGGACCCCCCAUGACCCAGGACAGGAUGAGCAAUUACAGGAAAGAGAUGGAUAGACUGUAAUUGUCGGUUUCAUCACUUUUUUUUUAUCUCCUGAUAUAAAGGAUAUACUUAUUUUUCUGUUCUGGUUUAAUGCAUUAUAAAAUACAGAACAUUUUAAAAUAUUGCUACCAGCUUUCUGUUAUAAUUCCAUCUAUUAAAACAUAUUAUAAUGUAACUCUU